GUAUAUUCCUCGAUUAGCCUGAGACCAGAAGAACGAAAAGAAAACAACCGCUCAAUCCCCUCGGCCCUCGGUGCCGCCAGCGCCGCCGCCGACUGCCCCCUCGGAUGUCGGUGCCGCUGGCGCCGCCGCCGACUGCCCGGGUGAGGGUUCUUAGAUCCGGUGAGUUGGGAGUGUGGGCGCCAUCUUCCAGAUCCUGUCCAAGUCGCCGCCAGCGCUGACGAGCCAAUCGCCAACCGCCGCCCACCAAUUGUCUCGUGCGUAGGAGUCAGCCACCGGCCGCCGUUUCUGCAACAGUCACUCCUCGUUGCCCCGCCUCAACAUCGGCCGAGUUAGAUGGAUAGAUCUUGGAUUCGUGGCACACUGUUCUCUCGAGAGUACGUCAAUGGUGUCAAAGAGUUUAUGAACUUAAUUCAAGCAAAAUUCAGCGAGGAUGAAGAAAUACUAUGCCCAUGUAGAGAAUGCCUUAAUCGCAAAUACUAGCAUCAAGCUGUUGUGAACAAGCACAUAUUGACGCAUGGCAUGGAAAGUACAUAUACUCGCUGGAUAUAUCAUGGAGAAGGCUUCAAUGCAGAUGUUAUUGAGCAUCCUGUUGAUGUGCAUGACUCUGAGGAUGGUAACAAUGGUGCUGACCGAUUUGAAGAGAUGUUUGGCGACCUACGCACAACAGUAGAACAAGAUCAGAAGGAAACUUAAAAUGAAGACGGUAACAAUGAUGCAAAUCCUUCUAAGACUGAGUCCUUUUUGAAGAACGUGAGGAAAGAGGCAAUGCGGCACCUUUAUCAUGGUUGUACCAAGUUUUCAAGGUUCUCAUUUGUGGUGAAUCUUCUUCAUUUGAAGUUAUGCCAUAGGAUCACAAAUAGUGCAUUUACUGACAUUUUGAAGCUACUGGCUGAAGCAUUCCCUCAACCCAAUACACUCCCAAAAUCUUAUGACUAUGCAAAGAAUCUUCUAAAGGAAUUAGGCCUUGGGUAUGAGUCUAUACAUGUGUGCAUCAAUAAUUGUGUUUUGUUCAGAAAGCAAUAUGCCAAGCAUGACAACUGCCCAGUUUGUGGCAUGCCAAGGUGGAAAGACCCUGCUAGAAAGAAGAUACCACAGAAAGUUCUGAGGCAUUUUCCAUUGGUGCCUAGGCUGAAGAGGACGUUUCUUUCCAAAAAAGCAUCAGAAGAAGCACAGUGGCACAAGCUAAAGAGGCAACCCAGUGAGAAGGAAAUGAGCCAUCCAGCUGACGGUGAUGCGUGGCAAGAUUUUGAUAAAAAAUAUCCAAAAUUUGCAGAAGAUGCCAGAAACAUGAGGCUUGGCAUUGCCACUGAUGGGUUCAAUCCUUUCGGAAACUUUAACACAACCUAUAGUAUGUGGCCUGUAUUUGUUGUGCCAUACAACCUUCCACCUUGGGCAUGCAUGGAUCAGUCAAAUUUCAUGAUGGCUCUGUUAAUUCCAGGUCCUAAAUCACCUGGCAAGCACUUUGAUGUCUUCCUACAGCCACUUGUAGAAGAUUUACUUGAGCUUUGGAAGGGUGUGCGUACAUAUGAUGCUCGUGAAGGAAAAAUGUUUGAUCUUCAUGCUGCAGUUCUAUGGUGCAUUCACGAUUACCCAGCUCUGAGCACUCUUUUAGGGUGUACCACAAGAGGCUAUGCUGCAUGUAUUCAUUGUGACAAACACCCUCUUUCCUAUGGCCUAAGGCACAAAAUUGGGUAUAUUGGGCAUUAUCGUUUCCUUCCAAAGGGACAUCGUUUGCGAAGAAACAAUGAAUUUGUUGGUCUCCGUGAACGCAAUGAUGAGCCAGGUAAAUUCUCAAAGGAAGAGCUACAAGCAGAAUUGGAGAAGGUUAGACCUGGGCGACAAGAAGAAAACAGGAAAAGAAACCGUUCUGACUUGGGCAGCAAGAAGGCUCAUGUGCCAAUUUGGAGUCAGAGGGUUUGUUUGUGGGAUUUGGAUUAUUGGGAUAAAUUGAAGCUGAGACAUAAUCUUGAUGUCAUGCAUAUCGAGAAAAACAUUUGUGAAAACCUCAUUGGGACAAUUCUCAACAUGGAGGGGAAGACGAAGGACACACUUAAUGCUAGGCUUGAUCUCCAAGAUUUGAAUAUUAAAGAGGAGUUGCAUUUGAGGAAGGAUGGAAACUCAUAUGAGAUGCCUCGGGCCCGGUAUACCUUGUCUAAAGAACAAGUGGUUGCAUUUUGUCAAUUUUUACGGGAGUUAAAGUUUCCAGAUGGGUUUGCUUCCAACAUAUCUAGAUGUACAAGUGCUGAUGGAACCAAGGUCCAAGGCCUAAAAACACAUGAUUGUCACAUUCUUUUGCAAAGAAUCUUACCUGCUAGCAUGAGAGGAUUUCUGGAUAGUGAUAUAUAUGAAGCAAUAGCUGAGUUGGGCAAGUUUUUCAGGGAACUGUGCAGCAAAACUCUUAACAGGGAUGUGUUGGCUGAAAUGAAGAAAGAAAUCCCUGUAAUUUUGUGCAAGCUUGAGAAAAUUUUCCCUCCUGCUUUCUUUGAUGUGAUGGUGCACCUUGCCGUACAUUUACCAGAAGAGGCAUUACACUACUGGAAUCACCAGUUCUUUGCCGUCAGCUUUUGCUCUUUGCAAAGAACUGGCUGA